GCCAAAAUGAAUGAAUCUUGGAAUCGUGUUCUGCCUGGCAAUAUACAAGGUAACAUUCUAACAGGCAAGUCUCUUCCUUUUUAUUUAGACCAUUUCCAUCGAUGUUCAAAUUCAAGGAAAUCAACCAAAAUAUUUGAACCAGAUAAUAAUUUUCAACUCAGUAAGGACAAAUUAUUAGAGUUAGUUCAAACAUUUGAUAACUUGGCUCAACAAAAAUCACACAUAGAACAAAUCAACAAUCAAGGAACUGAAGAACUUCAAACAACUUCAAAGACACUUCAUAUUGAUCUGACAGAACUCACUCAAGGCAAACAUUUUCAUCAGUCAAAAACCAUCAAUAAAAGAAACCAAAACUGUAUUAGUCCAAGAAUUAAAAUUAGUAAUGAUCAAUUUAAAGAUACACCAAUAUGGUCUCCAAAACCAAAGAGUAAUAAUCUUCAUUGUACAGAAAGAAGGGUUCAUCAUAAACCAGUUAGUAAUGGUUCAGAACCUUGUGUCAAACUACAAAAUAUAGAUAUUAAAGUCAAUAAUAUGAUUUUAAAAGCUGCAUAUUGUAAAAAACAAAAUGACUGGUCUAAGACAGGAUCUCCUGGCCUUAGACAUAUUGUCCAGUCUAAAGCAAUAGCUGAAAGAAUUUCAGAGUUGAAUGAAAUGAAAAGAAAAACUGAUAAUUUGUCUAAUGUAUUAUCUGUCAGAAACUCUUUAACAUCAACACCAACAAAAAGUUGUUUCAUAAAAGACAAACAAACAAACUCACCACAGACAUUUAGCCAUAAAAGCCAAUCUCUUAAACAACAAAUUCUUUCCCAACAGACUGUUCUUGGAGAAAUACAGAAUGUUUCUAAUAAUUUAGUAUCAUAUAAAAUACAGUCAAGUUCUUCAUUUAAUUAUAUUCCAAGUGAGAAAUACCGAAAGUCUAAAACUAUUUUAACUAAGAAAUUAUUAAUGCCCCCAAAACACUUUAAAAAGCCAAAUUAUGCAGCAAAGACAGAGGAGUUUGGAGAUGGUAAGCCAAAGUUACAUUUGUUUCAUGAAAUGGUUGUAUCACUUAACAACCAAAAGCUGAGUUCUUCAAAAGAUAACUGGUUGAAUCAGAUAUACCGUAAAAUAAAAGAGAAUAAAGAAAAUACAGACACCACUAUUGAACAGUUGAGGCAAAGCAUUACAGGUGUCAAUGGAUGCGGUGAAAGUAUGGAUUUUAAAUCUAGAACCAGAGAAUUGAAUCGUUCAAAUGCAUUUUAUUCUAAAGUCAGACCAUUUUCUACAGUAACUGGACAAAUGAAAGCUAAUAUAGAUAGAAAUAGUUCACUAGUGACAAAAUCAACCCAAAAAGAAGUUAAUUUGAAUAACCGAAGUUCCUUUUGUAGUGAGGCUGAAGCAAAGAGGUGUUCUAGAACCGCAAAUGUUGUGAAACAGUUUUCACUAAAAAAACAAUUGAGCAUAACUGCUCCAAACCAAAGGAUUCUCAGCCAAAUUUCAUUAAAAUAUAAUCAAAGAAAUAGAAAAGAUCUUGAAUGGAAGUUAAAUUUGUUUGAAUUACAAAGGAGGGUAAGAAGAUACACACAAAAUCGAGUGAACCCUUUGAGUGAAGAGAUGAAAAUUAAACAAGAAAAUAGAGCUACAGAUGAGUUCAAAGCAGGGCUGGAUUCUGGCUUAAAUGUCAUUAGUUUCAAAGAGAUUAUUCCACAUUUAAAUAAAAAUCAAAAUGUAUCAGAGAGUAAAAAUCCUAAACUAAAAACAGUUGUCAAUUCCAAAUUACCUGAUGAAUUAAUUCUAAAAAAAUCCAAACUGUUCCCAUCAACUGUCAAAAACAAAAAGUCUUUAAAGAACUACCAGAAUCUUUUUCGAAUAAAACGCUGUCUUCCACAGAAACCUGACAAAGCUGUUCCUGAAAUAAAUGCGACUUCUUCAGAAUCAGAUGUCAAGAAAACUAACAAUCAUUUAGAAUCAGAUGAUUGCGGAGCAAAGCCAUGUUCUGGGCACACAGUUAUCACAAACAUGGAUUAUCACUCCUACAAAAAUGAGGCCACUGUUUGUAGCAGUGGAUCAUCUUCGAAAAUAUUAAAAUUCAAUGCCAAUUCAAACAAAUACUCUAAAAGAAGUUCAAGCUUGGAGCCAAACAGAAGUAUAGUUCCAGAGGCAUCUGACUGUUGUUUACCAGAAAGCUUUUCUAAAGACACUUUAAAAGCAUUCAUUUACAAUUCCAAAUCUUCUUAUAUGGAAUAUGAGCACAGAAAAUUCCGUGGAUUAAGUCCAAAGUGAUUUAAAUGAUUUAAAGGAUUAAACUGUUUUUUUUUAUUAUAUAAAAAAUAUAUUUAAAAAAGAAAACAAAACAUAAAAUAUCAUUGUUGUUUAAUGAUAAGAAGUUAUGAAAACUGAUGGCUGUGUGUGUAAAAAUAUUGAUUUCUUUUGAUUUGGUUGAAGAUUAUAUUUUGUAGUGAGCUGAGCUAACCACAGUAUAUAACUGGUAGUUAUUGUAUUGAACCUGGAGGAAUUAAAGGCAGAGAUGGUUUUGGCAGUUUUGAACCUUAACUGUAAGAGAGCAAACUAAAUAUCUUAAUGCAUAAGUCUGGUGUUUUAUCAUACAUAUUUCCCAAUGAAAUAUAAAAACAGAUUUUAACAUU